AUGUCACUCCUCGUGAAAGAAGCCCUGCAAUGCCUAGCUAACCAGGCCACCCACAAGGCCCUCAAUGCCUUUAUCGUCUGCGCCGACCCGGCCGACGUCGUCAGCAAGAUCGAGCAUGCCGAGACGCUGCCCGCCAGCGCCCAAGGCCCUCUAAGCGGCAAGCUCAUCGCCGUCAAAGACAACAUCUGCACCACCGACCUGCCCACGACGUGCGCCUCGGGCAUCCUCCAGGCCUUCACCAGCCCCUACGACGCGACCGUGGUGCAGAAGCUGCGCGAGGCGGGCGGCGUCGUGGCCGGCAAGACGAACCUCGACGAGUUCGGCAUGGGCUCGCACAACGUGAACUCGUUCUUCGGGCGCGCGCAGCAGGUGGACCGCGCGGGCAAUGCCGUGUCCGCGGGCGGCAGCUCGGGCGGCAGCGCCGUGGCCGUGGCGACGCAGCAGUGCUGGGCGGCGCUGGGGACGGACACGGGGGGCUCGGUGCGCCUGCCGGCCGCGUACACGGGCAUCGUCGGCUUCAAGCCGUCGUACGGGCUGGUGUCGCGGUGGGGCGUGGUGGCGUAUGCAAACUCGCUGGACACGGUGGGCGUGCUGGCGCGCGACACGGCGGCUGCCCGCCGCGUCUACGACGCCAUCCGCAGGCACGACGCCCGCGACCCCACGAGUCUGCCGCUCCGCUCGCGCCGCCGCAUCCUCGAGGCCCUGGCCGCCUUGCCCCGCCAUCGCCGCCUGCGCAUCGGCGUCCCCGCCGACUACAACAUCGCGGAGCUCGCGCCGGCGGUGCGGGGCGCGUGGGCGCGCGCGCUCGCCCGCCUCGCCCAAGCCGGCCACGCCGUCCGCCCCGUCGCCCUGCCCUCGACCCACCACGCCCUGUCCGCCUACUACGUGCUCGCGCCGGCCGAGGCCUCGUCCAACCUCGCGCGCUACGACGGCGUGCGCUUUGGCUCGCGGGCCGCGGGGCCCGACGGCGCGCCCGACGGGGCCCUCUUCAGCCGGACGCGCGGUGCCGGCUUCGGCGCAGAGGUCCAGCGCCGCGUCCUGCUGGGCGCGUACUCGCUCAGCGCGGCGGCCAUGGACAAUUACUUCAUCCAGGCGCAGCGCGUGCGGCGCCUCGUGCAGCGCGACUUUGACGCCGUGUUCGCGGCGCCGAACCCGCUGCUGGAGCCGGAGGAGGCAGCACAACGUCAGUCCGUGGCAACGACGACGACGAUAGAGGGCGGCGACGAGGACGCUGCGGGUGUGGAUGUCUUGGUGUGCCCGACUGCGCCGUCGCUGCCGCCUAAUAUUGCGGAGCUCGAGAAGCAGCAGAGCCCCGUCGACGCGUACAUGAACGACGUCUUCACGGUGCCGGCGAGCCUGGCGGGCCUCCCGGCCAUGAGCGUGCCCGUGCGGGCCGAGGGCGAGGAGCACAAGGCCGGCAUCCAGGUCAUUUCACAGUACGGGCACGACGACGUCGUGUUUGAGGUGGCGCGCAUGAUUGAAGAAGGAGAAGAAGAGGCGGCUUCGUGGGGCUGUUGA